CGCCAGAGUGUUCGCGUAUUCAUUCUAACCAAUCAUAUCACUCCUUAGAUUGAUGACGGGGUUACGAGCGAUCAAGUUGGUUGUUGUGGGCGCUGUGUAGGGAUUCGGAAGAAGUCUAGUUUGGUUGAUAUUACGGCUAUUUUUAUCAAACAACUUUAAGCCUGUAAGGCUUCAAUUUGCGGGCCAGGAUUCACGACGUUGUAUUGUUUCUUUGAACAGUGUUUAAACAGUUGUGGUUUGUUUCUUGUGGUGCUGCUGGUGUUCGAGACGGAAAAGGAACUUUAAAAGCCAGGAUCCUGAAAGUUCGCCAUUUUAACCUGGUGAAUCAUCGCUUCGUGACCGAGAACUAGUUGUGUUGAAACCAAGUACAUUGGGGUGGAAACCUUACAGUUGUAAACUCGUGGUCUCACUUUGUGAAAAUCGGUCUUUUACAUUGGUUUUAAGCCGUAUGAGUUCAGCUACAACAGAGAAUUCCGCUAAAAUUGUAGUCACUACAUCAUCAGAGCCGGACGUGGUUGUCCCUUCUGCUUUCAAAGGGUCUCUGAAUCCUAAUGCUGCUGCAUUUGAUUGUUUGAGUCACAUGACACUAUCUGAAGAUGGAGUUGGUUCUCCUAUGACUCCUCCAGUGACUUCUCCUGAUCAACGGCAGCAAUCCACAUCAUCAAAUGAUCUGGAUAACAUGCAGUACAGUCCCAACGCGACAGUGAAUGGCUAUGAGCCUUACAGUAGCCCUGUUACUCCUGAAGUCAUUGCUAUUCCUCCAGAAUUGUCACCAGAUAAACUUCCUGUUGAAGAUCUCAAAGUUCUUCUAAGGCAUCAGUUGGAAUUUUACUUUUCCAGAGAGAAUUUGUCAAGUGACACUUAUUUAGUUUCUCAAAUGGAUGGAGAUCAAUAUGUUCCUAUUUGGACAGUAGCAAAUUUUAAUCAGGAUGCCAGAAGUAGAAUUUUUUGUGUCAAGCAGCGGCCAUUGUCAAUUUAUGUUAAAAAGUUAACAAGUAACCUUGACCUAGUUAAGGAUGUUAUGAGAGAAUCUCCAAAUCUGCAAGUUGACGAGUCAGGAGAGAAGGUUCGUCCAAACAUUAAACGGUGUAUAGUGGUUCUACGAGAGAUUCCUGAGUCAACCCCGAUUGAGGAUGUAAAAGCCCUUUUUUCUGGGGAAAACUGUCCAAGUUGGACACACUGUGAAUUUGCACACAACAAUUACUGGUAUGUCCAGUUUGAUUCAGAGGACAAUGCCCAAAAGGCAUACAGAUACCUCAGAGAAGAAGUUAAAACUUUUAGAGGCAAGCCUAUUAUGGCCAGGAUAAAAGCCAAGCCACUUCAUCAGAGUAAUUUUGGGCCCAAAAAUGGACUCAGAUCACAACAAGUUACCAAACAGCAACCCACUUAUAACCAGCAGCAUUUCCAGUUCCCUCCAGUAAAUACAGUAUUCAGUGGUCAACAGGCUCUUCCUUACUAUCCUUCACCAAACAUGCUUGCCACUUGGCCCCCUGCACACCAUAUUUAUCAAGAACCUAGUAUGCCCUCAGGUUACCCAAAUGGCUUCUCUCCUGGAGCACUGACUCCACUUUCUCCUGGGAAUGCCGGACACAACAGUUUCCAUGGAAAUAGCAGACCAAGGUUUCAGAAUAAACAAGUACAUCACCGCGAGCAGCAAACAGAAAGGGUAGAUAGAGAUGGCCAGAGGGGUCGGCCCCAGAAUGCUGCCAGCAGUGGUUCAAGUAAUGGCGCCUCUGUAAAUAGUGUAAAUAACAGAGUCUCUGGAUUUUCAAGAACAAGAGAUGCCAGAGAUGGAGAUGAGUAUACAAGGCGUACUGGACGGAAUAGAAGAAGAAGAGGCAGCAGUGAAGAUGUUAGUAAACAUUUGCGCCAAAGGGAAGGAAAAGCAAGCCCAUUGAGACACAGUAAAGAUGACAGUGAUACAAUAGACUUAGCACCAUCUCAUUUUCCACCUCUACCAACAUCUCCUCUUCCUCUGUUUGAACCUUCAUUGCCUACUGAAAAAACAGCUGUGUCUGUGGUACCCGCGUCUGACGAAGUUACCACUGAAGCUACUCCAAAUGAAACCACGACUGUUCCUGACGUCGAAAAUGCAAAAAUACCAGAGACAAAGAUGAACGCUGCAGUUACUGAAGGCGUUCAAUCCUUGGUGCUUAGCUAUGCCCAAGUUACCCAGAAGACGGCCUCAAAGCAUACUGCUAGCACAACCAACUCCAGUAAUAAAACACUUACAGAGCCAAAGUAACUGGAGUCAGAGGUGAAUUUCAUAUCUACAUAUAAGAUACUGAAUCUUCCCAAACAGGAUCAUCCAAACAUCAAAACGAAAAAUAAUCCGAGAGAGAAAAUGGCUUCAAAUAAUAUAAACUUGGAAAGAAAAAAAAUGAACCUUUCACUGGGAAAGCGGUGGAUGGACGUGUAAAGAACAGUAAUACUACACAACCAGCCAUUCUUACCGAAAAAUCAGUUUGCUUCAUUGUAUCUUACAUGAAUGUAGAUAUUUUAAAUUAUCUAGGCUGUAUGAUAUGUUUGCAUCAUCGUUGAGUAUUUCAGUGAAUGUAUAGUUGAAGCCAGUUGCUUUUGCUGGGUGUUGUUACCUAAGUCUCAAUGACUGUAUAGUCGAUACCUGUGUUAUUGCAGGUCAGUAGUAGAAUUGAUGCAGCAAUAACCUUGCUUGAAUUACUUCAGCCGAGUGUUGAUAUUAAUUGUGUCCAAAAAAGAACAGUGGCUCUCAUUAUUAAUGUUGAGGUUAUACAGUGUCAAAUGAAAAUUAUUCGAGAGUUACCAUCGAGUCUAUAGAAAAACUAUUUCUUUUUUAAACCUGUGUCUUGAGGAUUCAAAAACGAACUUGAGUAUUUCAGUUGUAAGUUUUGCAAAGGAGGGGAAAAUCACAUGCCAAAGAGUCUAUAUAUUUAGAGCAAAAAUCUUUUAUUUGCUAAAUUAUGGAGUAGUGGUUCAGUCAAUGCCAGUACCUGAUAGAGAAACGUUUCAUUCCGAAAGUACUUAUGUUAAGCUGAAUCUCGCACGCAGUCGUUGUAUUUCCUUAUUACUUUUGAGGAAAGAAGUAAGAUGUCUUUAAUGCGGGCGUAGACAGGUGGAAGGUGGCUGAGAAAUGCAUGAAUGUGCCUGCAUUGCUGCAGGUGUUUUGCAGAGAAGGAUUAUUAACUUCUUUUUUCACCGACGUUUACAAUUAUUGUGUCAUAAAAACGUUAUUGAACUUUUUUGUUCGGUCCUUAUCGGAGAAGUAUAUGUCACAUUGUUUUUCUCGUUCCUUUUGCCCGCCUCUUUAUAUCACACGUCAUGUAGGCCUGCAUUAAAAGUACCAAUCUUCUCUCAAACAAACACCUCACUCACAACUAGGGCAAGUCCAUCUUUUGAUUUCUAAGAAACGUUACAUAUUAGGUCUACCAGCCUCAACAAGUAGACAGCUAAACCAGAACUAAUGUAUAUUCAUGUUGACAUUUAGAGCAGUUAGUUCCUUGAAAUAAGACACUUUCUUCGGAAAUAUAUCGUAGGUUGGAAUAACUGAUAGCGACCAAUUUUUUUUUUUCUGAUUUCUGUGGUAUCUAUGCUGUUUGUCAUUAUCAGUGUAAAAUUCGAGGUUUUUGAAAAACGUCAUUGGCAUUGUUGGCAUAGUUGUCCGCCGUAGUAUGACAGUAGCUGUUGGUUAGCAGUUUUCUUGAUGUCAUUAGAGGUACAACCAUGUCCCACAUUCUGCCGUUUCAAAUGUUUUGGAGACAUAAGCAUACUGUAAUCGCAUCGGUGCAUGUUUUGCAUUUUGUAAAAAUCCGUAGUUUUUUUCAUAUUAUGAAACAAUUAGGAUUUAAAAAACAAGUUUUAUUUUAGGGAAAUUGCGAGCAUUUUAGUGAAUGAUUCCGGUCGGCAGAGGAAAGUUCUAGACUUUUUGUAAUCUCAUUCUGUAUAAUUUAUAAAUCCGAAGCCGGUUCAUUUUUCUGUUUAGAUCAGUUUGAUGUGGAUGUAUGAUAAUGUUAACAAAACGUAACAGCAAUCUGCCACGUUGGAAUUUUAAGCAUAACAAUGAUCUUCGGUUUACAGAAUUUCCAAAAAUUUCUAUUAUAAAGUUCAUGAUUGACGGGUUAAGGUCGUGCGCGCAGGACCCCUUGCACGAACCAUGGCGACUGAAGCCGACAAUAUACCAGGUAUUGCUGAGAAUGUUAUGUACAGCGGCCCGUGCACAGGAAUGUAGUGAAAUGUCAUAACUAGAUCACCGCACUUUGUUGUCGCACAUCGACUCGCAUGUCCUUUGAUAGCAGUAAACCAGCGGUUUUGUGUCGAACCUUUCGGCCAUUUUUUUCUCGCGAAUUUCUUUCGCGUCACGCACGACGGACUAAGCGAAAGAGGGACUACUCGUAGUCUAGACUAGCCGGAAUCAAGCAGCCUAGGUUGGAGCCCUGGCCGGGAUCAUUUUGUUACGUUCCUUUGUACGACCCGUUAAUCUCGCACUACCACUCUCCACCUCAAGUGAAGCGCUGCUUGAAGGGUGCGAAGAAAAUUGUAUUGUCGACGGUUUAAACUUCAGUAGCUUGAAGCGUGAAUUGAAAUGUUAAAUCUUCUUGUGAAAAGGUUGUUUUGAAAUUGUGACAUUGCCCUCGUGACACUACAGUUCGCCGAGUCUACCACUAUGGUGUCGCUCCUUGGGACUAAUUACUUCCACUCUUAAGGUCAUCCGAGUCCCUUUGUAUGAUACCAACGUGUUCCAUUCAAAGUUGUGAAUCAAAUCUGAAGCUUUGAUUAUCAUAAAUUUGCCUACUUCCAGUGCACGGGCUGAGAACAAUGACGUGUAAUUACUAAUUCGCCAAGACAGAUACUUGCAUCCGUAAUAAGAGCAAGGGUCUUGUGCAACCUUGAUUUAGGGUUGAAUCACGUUUCAGUUUUAAUCGUCAUAUUUAUUCCAAUCUUUUCCCCACAGCCUUUUCCAUGUUUGAUUCCAUUUUACUCUGAGUGCUAAGUACUUCAACAUUGUUUUUAGAUGUGCUAUUCAACACUUGUUUAGCUUGCGAGUAGGCUCACCUUUGGCGAGCACGCGAUCGGCCAUGGCGCGAGAUUUGGCGCUUACGUACCAGGCUCCUCCCCGCCGGAUCGCUUCUCAAUAGCCCUUUUCACGGUUAGUUUCUUUUGUGCCUCAAUUCCCCAAGACAAUAGGCGUUUGUCACGAAAGCCUCGAAGCCAUGUUAGAAUAUUGAUAUAUCGAACGUGGCCUAUUGCACUACAAUGUAAUUCAACGUGAACGGAAACUCAAAAAUCUCGCCUCACGUGCAUGUUGGAAUAUAUUGUAAUGCAAACAACAAAAAUUUAACCGUCGAAAGGGCUAUUAGCCAAACAGAAGUCUUCUCUCCUGCCCUAAUUUCUAUAGGUGAUAUCGCUGGAUUUGAGGGCGGUAAAUAACUUAUCGAUUUUUUUGGUGUGCUUCGCUAGGCAGCAUGACAGGCUUGUUUGGUCUCGCCAUGACUCGACCAAACUCUCCUCAUAUGCCGCGAGAGUAACACUAAUACAGUCUACAGUUCAUCUCAGGAUCUGUGGUACUCUUCUUUCUUAGAGAAAUUCGUAUUGAAUGAGGACGAAGAAACUUGAAGGGGAAGAGUGUAACGUAGCAACGGACGUAUGUGCAGCAGCCUCGUGUAAAGCCGACUUCACUAUCAUGCGGCAAAAUUCCCUGGGUUUCUUAAGUUUGCAUGCCUUGUAUUUUCUCGACGCAGUUCUAGUUCCUAGCGGCAGUUUGUGUUGACGGUGCUAUUGUUAAUGUGGACCCUUAAGUAUCUUUGUCCUCAAACCGUAUUUAUUUAUCUGAGCCUUUGAUAAUAAACAGUGAUUUUACAAUAAAUUUGGAUUAAUUGUUUCAGUCCCUGGUUUAAUGUUAGCAAAUGAGUAAAGUAGAAGCAACUAGAAGUUCCAAUUUCGCAAUAUACAACUGUUUCCCCCAGGGAAGGAGGAAGAUUGCGUGACAAGCCCAAACAGCGUCCGCGUGUGACUUGGACUACUAAGACUGUAACAUUUUGGCAGAGUAUUGUUCAGACAGACAAAAAAAUAAAACUUAGCUGUACGUGUAAAGGCA